UUGGAACGUAAAUUAGAAUUAAGUUGAUUGACUCGGCAAGUAAAUAUUAAAAAUUUAUGAAAAUUUAAAAUUAAUUGCCUUUUUCUCUCUUCUCCCUCGACUGUGGUGUCGGAUAUCAGCGAAGCCAAUAGCCUGUGAUACUGAGAAUUUGAGCUAAACAAUUUCGAGUUUUCUGGUGGGGAAUUGAAUCAUUGAAUUUGAAGAUGGCGAACCCUCCCCAGAUCGCCAUUCUAGGAGCUGGAACUUUCGUCAAGACGCAGUACAUUCCCAGACUCGCUGAGAUCUCCGAUCUUCUUGUUCUUAAGGCUAUAUGGAGCCGCACCGAGGCAUCGGCCAAAGGUGCUGUCGAACUUGCUAGAAAAUAUUUUCCGACGGUGGAGUGUAAGUGGGGUGAUGCGGGUCUUGAUGAUAUAAUUCAAGACAAUUCAAUUCCUGGAGUUGCUGUUGUAUUAGCUGGGCAAGCUCAGGUUGAUAUGUCAUUGAAAUUGCUAAAAGCUGGGAAACAUGUCCUCCAAGAGAAACCAGCAGCAGCCUCAAGAAGCGAGUUGGAAUAUGCACUUUCAAACUACAACUCUAUAAGUGCUAAUUUUCUUAGUAAACCAUUAUGGGCUGUGGCAGAAAAUUAUCGAUUUGAACCAGCCUUUGUUGAGAGCAAAAACUUAAUUGCUGACAUUGGGGAUAUGAUGAGCGUCCAAGUGAUUGUUGAAGGAUCAAUGAACAGUUCAAACCCCUAUUUCUCAAGCUCUUGGCGGCGUGACUUCACUGGAGGUUUCAUUCUGGAUAUGGGUGUCCACUUCAUUGCUGGAUUAAGGAUGCUUGUUGGAUGUGAGGUGGUCUCGGUGUCAGCAACAACCUCCUACGUGGACAAGUCCUUACCUCCGCCUGAUAACAUAUCCUCGCUCUUCCAACUGGAGAAUGGAUGUUCAGGUGUUUUUGUAAUGGUAGUCUCCUCAAGAUCACCCAGGAUAUUCUGGCGAGUUGUGGGCUUAAAGGGAACGCUGCAGAUCGAGCGUGGUAACCAGGACGGAAAACAUGGCUAUCUGGUUUCCCUCUCUGAUGCUAAUGGACAGAAUAAAUGCUCCUUCUAUCCAUUCAGUGGAGUCACCGAAGAGCUAAAAACUUUUAUUGAUGCUAUAUCUGCUAAGGGAAGUGACUAUAAAGCUGAUGCUCGUAUAUCUUUUGUGGAGGGUGCUAGGGAUGUUGCAGUCCUAGACGCAAUGCUUGAAUCCGGAGCAAAGCAUGGGGCUCCUGUUCAAGUGAAAAGAUUUUAACUUGAGCACACCUAAUAAACAUGGUGUUUUUCAACAGAAUUAGGUACCAUUAAUGCAGUUCAAAUAAAAAAUAGCAUGUGUUUGAGUGAUAUGCAUUCAGGAAAUACUUGAACUACACUUUUCAUAUUUACUUGCCUCCAUUCUUCUGACAUUUUGAUUGUAAUAAAGAUGAUAUUUGAUCUACAAUUCCUUCAA